AUGAAGACCUAUGAGCGUUGCGUUCCAUUCGCUCUUUCUCUCUUCCUGGUGACCCCGAUCCUGGGGCAAGGAACAGCAGAGACUCUUAAUGUUACGAAUGACACGAGUGCCAGCCUCGUUGACAUCGCACAGGGUGGACAAAACCUCUGUACGUCAGAUGACAUUGUCAAAAUGGACGUGAGCGGCUGUACAUGUCCAUCGACUUUCCCACCAUCGCCCAGGGACUUGAUCUGCGUUACACCAUCGGGACAAUAUCCUAUCAACUGCAACCCUCCACCCCCGUAUCCCCCGUGGUACCUCGAGCAGAGCUCUCCCAAUGUUACUCGGGCUAUUCUAUGCAGGUGUAUUCGCGACUUCCAAGCUGGAACCCAGACGGCUUAUAUCGCCAGCCCGACAGUUAGCGCUGGACCGCCUCAGCCCAACCAGCCUCCUUCGAGGGUCGUCCUCGGUGGUGGAGACUUGAUCACUACGACGGAGUUUGAUACCUGGCAUCCUGCAAUUGAGUUCAGCUGCUGGCGUGGACGGGGGAUUCCGGCUUGGUCAGGUAACAUUCAGAAGUAG